AUGACUUUCUUAAGGAUUUGUGCAGAAUGGAGAGACUGGACCCAGCCGUUGUUCUUUUUCCAUCUGUUUUGCUUUUUCACACUGAGCGAAAGCGUGCUUUUAAAUAAUGGUGCUGACAGGACUGAAUCUCAAGGCGCAUCAGCCCUUCUCCGAUCUCUCAAUUUACCUCAGCACACAGAAUAUGACAUUGUAACUCCAUAUGAGGUCAACCACCAAGGUGUGUACAUCUCUCAUGAAAUUACCCACCACCAGCUCAGACGGAGGCGCAGAUCCCUGACCCCAGAUACAGUCUCAUCAGACACUGACAGCAGCAGUGAAACAGUCCACUUCCGACUGAGUGGCUUGGGGCAGGACUUCCACAUGGAGCUCAGGGAGGCCUCGGAGAGCUUGAUUGCACCUGGCUUCACCAUCCAGGUCCUGGGAAAGAACGGCACCAAGAGCCUCAGGGCCUACCACCAGGACGACUUCUGCUUUUACCAGGGGUCACUAAGGUCAAGGGUCAACUCUUCAGUGGCACUGUCCACAUGCAUGGGGAUGUCAGGUCUGAUCCGAACGCAGAACGCGGACUACUUCCUGAGACCCGUGUCCCGCAUCUUAGCCCAGAGAGAGAACUUCACAGCACCUUCCAGCCACCAGCCGCACAUUCUCUACAAGAGUGACAGGGACUCCCCGACAGAGCAGAGAGGUCAUGAGCCUCAGGCGCUUCAGAAGAGAUCCACAGACUCAACUCCUCACAAAUCAUACAGACACUUUGUUGCCAAGAGAUCCACAGACUCACAGACGAACCCAACCUCCAACACUGUCAGUGACCACAACAGCCAUCGCCAUGACGAUGACUACAGAAGUGGGGAGAAACAGAGGCAACACUUCUGCGGGAGACGGAAGAAAUAUAUGCCCAAACCUCCAAAAGAAGAUUUCUUUAUGCUUCCAGAUGAAUAUAAGUUCAUCCCCAGGAACAAAAGGGCAGUGCUGUUGAAGAACCAAGUCAAUCAAAAGCUCAACGUGGAGACUCUGGUGGUGGUCGACAGAAAGAUGAUGGACAACCACGGCCAUGAGAACAUUACCACAUAUGUUCUAACUGUGCUUAAUAUGGUCUCCAGCCUAUUCAAAGAUGGUACAAUAGGGGGGAACAUCAACAUAGUGAUAGUGGGCCUUGUGCUUCUGGAUGAAGAGCAGGAUGGUUUGGUGAUCAACCACCAUGCAGACCACACACUGAACAGUUUCUGUCAUUGGCAGUCCACUCUGGGAGGUAGAGAGGGCCGGCGCCACGACCACGCCAUCCUCCUCACGGGACUCGACAUCUGCUCUUGGAAGAAUGAACCAUGUGACACUCUUGGUUUUGCUCCAAUUAGUGGGAUGUGCAGCAAAUAUCGGAGCUGCACCAUCAAUGAAGACACUGGCCUAGGUCUGGCUUUUACCAUUGCCCAUGAAUCUGGACACAAUUUUGGAAUGGUCCAUGACGGUGAAGGAAACGUUUGUAAGAAGUCAGAGGGCAACAUCAUGUCUCCCACUUUAGCUGGACACAAUGGUAUUUUCUCCUGGUCUGCCUGCAGUCGCCAGUACCUCAGCCGCUUCCUCAAUUCUGCCCAGGCUUUAUGCCUAUCAGAUGAACCCAGAGCAGUCAAGGAGUAUCGGUACCCUGAGAAGCUGCCUGGCGAACUGUACGAUGCCGACACACAGUGCAAAUGGCAGUUUGGGGAGAAGGCCAAGCUGUGCACCCUUGAUUUUAAGAAGGAUAUCUGCAAGGCUCUGUGGUGCCACCGUGUUGGGAGGAAGUGUGAGACCAAGUUCAUGCCAGCUGCUGAAGGCUCUGCCUGUGGACCUGAUAUGUGGUGUCGUAGGGGCCAGUGUGUGAAACAAGGGGACGAGGGCCCGAGGCCUCAGCAUGGCCAGUGGUCAGAGUGGUCGUCCUGGUCUGCCUGCUCACGAAGUUGCGAGAGCGGAGUCAUGUACCGAGAGAGGCAGUGCAACAACCCAAGACCUGCAUAUGGAGGAAAAUACUGUGAAGGCUCCUCCAGGUCAUACAAACUAUGUAAUACUAAGGAUUGUCCAGUCAACGCCAUCGACUACAGAGCGCAGCAGUGUGCUGAGUUUAACAGCAAACAGUUCAGAGGAUGGCACUACACCUGGAGACCAUACACUAGAGUGGAUGAUCAAGAUGUAUGUAAGCUGUACUGCUUUGCUGAGGGUUAUGAUUUCUUCUUCGCCUUGGCCAGCAAAGUUAAAGAUGGGACACUUUGCUCACAGGACAGCUCUAAUGUCUGUAUUGACGGCCUGUGUGAGAGAGUAGGCUGUGACCGUGUGUUGGGCUCCACAGCUGUGCCGGAUGCUUGUGGAGUGUGUAAAGGAGACAACUCCACCUGCAAGAUUCACAAAGGACAGUACACCAAGCAGCAUUAUACGAACCAGUACUAUGGGUUGGUAACCAUCCCAGCAGGGGCUCGAAGUAUCCGUGUGAUGGAACUGAAUACAUCAAGCUCCUACCUGGCUGUCAGGGACACCCAGAGACGCUACUACCUGAAUGGACAUUGGACGGUAGACUGGCCAGGCAGACACCCCAUUGCUGGAGCCAUUUUUGAGUAUAAGAGACCUUACAACAGACCAGAGAGCCUCAUAUCAACCGGUCCCACCAAUGAAACAUUGGUUAUAGAAAUAUUGUUGCAGGGCUGGAACCCAGGUGUACGUUGGGAAUACACUCUGAAGAAAACUGAUGAGAGAAAGAUUCACAUCAAACAUAAUUACACAUGGGCAAUCGUACGCUCCCAGUGCUCAGCAACUUGUGCCAGAGGCCAGAUGAACACCAAGUCAGCGUGCUACAAAGACUUGAGAGUGCAGGUGAAUACAUCGUACUGCAAUCCAAGAUCCAGACCAGUUACUGGACUGAUGCCCUGCAACACACAACCAUGUCCUGCCAGCUGGUCUGUAGGGGAAUGGGGGGGGUGCAGCCGGAGCUGUGGAGGAGGGGAGCAGACGCGGCAGGUCCAGUGUGUCCAGAGAACCAGUCAGACCAACGUAGACGCCCUGGCUGACUCUCACUGUGCCCAGCCCACCCCAGCCAGGAGGCAGACCUGCAACACACACAGCUGUCCACCAGUUUGGACCACUGGGCCGUGGUCACAGUGUUCUCGAAAGUGUGGCAAUGGCUUAAAGAAGAGGACAGUGCUGUGUACAAGAACCAACCCAGGUGCCCAGACACACACACUGACAGACAGUUUGUGCUCAGGCCUGCCAAAACCUGCCAGUCAAGAAUCCUGCUUCAUCAAACGCUGUCAGAAACAACGCAAAGUCCAGUGGUUUGUCUCCACGUGGCAAGAGUGCUCAGUAACGUGUGGCCGGGGCUAUCAGGCUCGUUUCAUCAAGUGUGCAGAAAAGGACUCUGCAGGAAAAUACAGAGAGCUUGCUGCCAAAAAGUGCCACCAUGUCCCCAAGCCUAUAGUGGAGCUCCAGAGGCCCUGCAUCCUGGCUGAGUGUCCUGUCCGCACUACCCCACCAGUCCACCGAUGGAGCACACAUCAACGUACUCACCCACCUCAACCCCUCCCUCAACCUCCACCACGACCUGAAUGGCACACAUCUCCUUGGUCUCAGUGUACAGUGACGUGUGGAGGAGGAGUGCAGGCCAGGACAGUCCAGUGUCUUGCCCAGGGAAAACCCUUUUCCGGCUGUGCUCUCCAUCUAAAACCCUCAAUGUCCCAGGCAUGCAACACCAACUUCUGCCCACAGCCUGAGAAGAAAGACCUGGCAUGUAGAGAUUACUUCAACUGGUGUUACCUGGUGCCCCAGCAUGGAGUCUGCAACCACAAGUUCUAUGGCAAGCAGUGCUGCCAGUCCUGUUCGAAUUCAAACCUAUAAUUGUACAAAAUGACUCCAUCUGCAACAUAGACAGAAAGGUAGUUAGACAAAAGACUAUAUUUGACGUCCAUGCUUGACAAGACAGUGUUUUUGCUUUAAGCGUGUGGCGAGCACUGAAAAACAAAGGACAUUUCAAUGGAAGUGCAAGAGAGUUGCAGUGCCGUUUCCUCUCCCCGCGAUGCAGGACAUCUGGAUACAAGAACUUGAUUCUGACAGCACUACACAGGAAUGUGAUCAGGAGAGUACAAAUAAAGGAGAGAAUGAUGAGGAGGAACUCGCAAAAUGGGAAUCUUGAUUAAAGUGAAUAGGACUGACAUGUCCAGAAGAAACUGAAAACCUGAAAAAUCCCAGCUUUGUUUAUAUAUGGUAUGUAACUGAACAGAUCUGUACCCAGGACACCCAACAGCUCCCAGUCAACUACAGGCCAACAAUGGCAGGCCAACAAAGAGCGGUUGACAGGUUUUCCAGAACUGCCACGCAACAACACGCAAUACAGCCUUGUCUGCACUGCAAUUCUUGAUCAAUUGGAAAUAUGGGGUUUGAUAAUGAAAAGGGAUGUUACAACGAAGCAAGUAAGAAAAUAUCAUUUUACUCUAAGGCUUGAAGAAAACAGACUGGAAAUAAUCAAAAUGAACUUCCACAAUAGCUGAAUGAAAGCAGGAUGCUCUGUGCUGUCAUAUAAAAGAAAAAGCUUCAUUCAUCUUACAUGAGAGAACUAUCAUGAGAUGGGUCAAAGCUAUGUGAGCUGACUUUCAUACUCAGCGGUGCUACAACGUUGUCUUUUGUCACCAAGCAAUGUGAAAUUGUCAAGUUUCAAGAAAGAGCAAAUGAAUUGUGUGACCCAUGUACAGUAUUGUUUUGUUUUAUUUAUUGGCUUUACAAUACAGCGUUGCUGGAAGACUGUAUUAAUAAGCAGUAUAAAUGUGUCCUUUUAUUACUCUGCCCUAAGCCCAUUACCUUAUAUUUUGUAUCAUGUUUCAUAAGAUUUCAUGCUGACAAACUGCACCUUUUGUAUUCAAAACAGUUAUUUUUGAAGAAAAAUUCAGUGAUGUAAAAAAAAUGUAAUUCAGCCACAUCAACGACGAUUGAAACAUUAAAAAAACUAUGAGCAUGUUUUUUGAAUUGUCACUGCUACCCUGUUAAAAUGUGUGUUCAAAUCCUGCAGUAAUACAAAAGGUAGUCAUGAAUUGCAUGCAUUGAUUAUAGGACAAAAUAAUACAUUACAUA